CACCAGGCAUAGGGGUGACCCUUUGCGAGCUCCCUGAGACGCCGCGUAUGCAUGUUCAAGCUCCCGCCACGAAACCCGAAGAACGAGAGCUAGUUGCCAUGAAAAAAAUUCCACCCCGGCGAAUUCCGCCCAAAAAUCCGCUGCUGUCCCUGUCUCUGCCAAACAAUUAUGGUACGAUCUGCGGCGUGGUGCCUCUUUGUCCGCUACUUGGACGCAAUGUCGACCAGCUUCAAGCACUUCAAACGCGUGGUGAGAAAUGCUUCCAAGUUCUUGAUUUUUACUGGGCAUGUCUUGGAGAGGUGAGAAGAAGGCGUACGUAGCUCUGCUGUACAAACAGUUGUACAGUUGUACUGCCGUGCUGUAGUACCAGCAAGGGAUAGUUAGCCAACGGCCACAGGCUACUCCGUCUCUUGUUGCCUCGCUCCACUUCCCCCCUGGCCGCCGGCGCGCCUCCGGCGACGUCUCCGCCCGGGGAGAAUGCUGCCCCACGCGCCCUCCCGUUACCCGGGCGCCGCCAAGUUCAAACCCCUCGUCCCCGCCAAACCGCCACUCUCUCCCGCGUCCUCCUCCUCCUCCCGCGGGAACCUCUGCGCCGCCGCCGCCGCCGCCUCCCGCCGCGACUUCCUCCUGCUCGUCCCGUCCCUGGCCGCAGCGUCCACGGCCCUCCAGUACCUCCCCCUCGCGGCCUCCGCCGCGGACGAUGAGAAGCCGGCCCCAACACCGCCGCCAGCUCCGGCCCCAGCACCGGCUCCGGAGCCCGACGGGGAGGCGGCGCUGUCGAGGAUGUACGACGCCACGGUCAUCGGCGAGCCGCAGGCCGUGGGGAAGGACGCGCGCGGGAGGGUGUGGGAGAAGCUCAUGGCCGCGCGGGUCGUCUACCUCGGGGAGGCCGAGCUCGUGCCCGACCGCGACGACCGGGUGCUCGAGCUCGAGAUCGUCAGGAAGCUGGCCGCUCGCUGCGCGGACGCCGGGAGGACCCUCUCCCUCUCGCUCGAGGCCUUCCCCUGCGACCUCCAGGAGCAGCUCAACCAGUUCAUGGAUGGGAGAAUUAACGGCAACAACUUAAGGUUGUACACAUCUCACUGGGCACCGGAGCGCUGGCAGGAGUAUGAACCUCUUUUAAACUACUGCCGUGAUAAUGGAAUCAAGCUUAUUGCAUGUGGAACUCCACUUGAGGUGGUAAGAACUGUCCAAGCAGAAGGAAUCAAAGGCCUCUCAAAAGAGCAGAGGAAGUCGUAUGCUCCUCCAGCUGGCUCAGGCUUCAUUUCUGGCUUUACAUCCAUCUCAGGCCGAUCAUUGAUAGACAAGACUUCAUCCUCUCGUGUCUCUCCUUUUGGCCCUAGCUCAUAUCUAUCUGCACAGGCAAGAGUAGUUGAUGAUUAUACCAUGUCCCAAAUAAUAAUGAAGGAAAUUAGUACUGGAGACCCUUCAGGGAUGCUCGUUGUUGUAACUGGUGCAAGCCAUGUUAUGUAUGGGUCACGAGGGAUUGGUGUUCCUGCCAGAAUAUCUAAAAAGAUGCAAAAGAAAAAGCAAGUUGUGAUCCUUCUUGAUCCUGAGAGGCAAGGUAUAAGGCGAGAAGGUGAAAUCCCCGUAGCGGAUUUAUUGUGGUAUUCUGCUGCCAAGCCAUGCAGUCGAAAUUGCUUUGACCGUGCUGAAAUCGCUAGAGUUAUGAAUGCAGCUGGUAGGAGGCGUGAAGCUCUGCCCCAGGAUAUUCAGAAAGGAAUAGAUCUUGGUGUAGUUUCUCCUGAGAUAUUGCAGAACUUUUUUGACCUUGAGAAAUAUCCUGUCGUGGAUGAAUUGAUUCACCGAUUCCAAGGUUUCCGUGAAAGGUUACUGGCAGAUCCCCAAUUCUUGAAUAGAUUAGCUAUCGAAGAGGGUAUAUCAAUAACUACAGCUGUCUUAGCACAAUAUGAAAAACGGAAAGGACGGUUUUUUGAAGAGAUCGACUAUGUCCUUACUGAUACAAUUAGAGGUUCUGUUGUUGACUUUUUUACAGUCUGGCUUCCUGCUCCUACUAUUUCGCUCUUAUCUAUUGCUGACAAUGGUUCUGGUGAGAGCUUGGAGCUUGUUAGAGGAUUGUUAGGGUCACUGCCAGAUAAUGCAUUUCAAAAGGGUAUCGUGGGCCAGAAUUGGGACAUUAACCAGAGAUUUGCAUCAGUACUAGUGGGUGGUCUGAAACUUGCUGGUGUUGGAUUUGUUUCCAGUAUUGGAGCUGGAGUUGCUUCGGACGUUUUGUAUGCUGCUCGUCGAGUUUUGAGUCCUACAAGUAUAGAGGCAGAACGCCCAAGAGCUCCCAUUUGGAAAGCAGCUUCUGUGUAUAGUGGCUUCCUUGGAACAUCAGCAAAUCUGCGGUAUCAGGUCAUUGCUGGUCUGGUGGAGCAUCGGCUUGGAGAGUAUCUUGUGUCAUACUAUAACCAGCCAUUUCUUGCUAAUGUGCUGUCCUUUGUUGCACGGAUAAUCAAUUCAUACUUUGGAACACAGCAAUGGAUUGAUCUUGCGCGAUCUACAGGCAUCCAAACUAGUGAGGAAGAGCCACCUUCUCCUGACACUCCCAUCUCAUCAGAAAUACCAGUGUUGGAAUGUGGCACGGCAGAAGUACAAAGUACAGACGAUAUUAAUAAGAACCAAUCAGGAAGGAGAACAUGAAAUUUUGAAGAGCAGAGUUUUUAUUUGAGCAUUCUAUUCUUGCGGCUAAAAGGACUUCUUCUACACAUUUCUAGAGUAAAUAUACUAUAUGUACAUCAACAGGAAACAGUCAGAUUUUGAAACACACACGUACACACCAUUUAGACUCUUGAUAUCAUCUUGGAUUGCAUUUGGCAACAGAAGUUGAGUUUCCAUGAGAAAUCCACCCCCCCCCCCCCCCUCGCGCGCGCGCGUGGCAGCCAUGAGUUGUAUUUGAUCAAAAUGAGUUGAAUUCAAGUACAAUUUAUACCAUAACUGGAACUGGUGGAAAUUGGACUGUA